AUGUUCCUCACCGGCGAGAACCAGCCCUCGGCCCGCGACUUCCGCCCCGAGGUGCACGACUCCGACGGUCUGAUGAUGGUCACCGGCGAAGGCGAAUGGCUGUGGCGUCCGCUGCAGCGGCCCAGGAACGUGACGGUCAGUUCGUUCACCAUGCAGAACCCGCGCGGUUUCGGCCUGAUGCAGCGCGACCGCAGCUUCGCCAGCUACGAAGACGUGGAAGCGCGCUACGAGCGCCGCCCGAGCGCCUGGGUCAAGCCGCUGGGUGACUGGGGCCCCGGCCGCGUGGAGCUGGUCCAGCUGUCCGCGCCCGACGAGACGCACGACAACAUCGUGGCGUACUGGGUGCCGGCCGCCCUGCCCGCACCGGGUCAGCCGCUGGAAGUGGCCUACGAACUCGCGUGGCAAGGCGAUGCCCAGCAGCGCCCGCCCUCGAGCUGGGUCACCCAGAGCCGCCGUGGUUAUGGCUACACCCAGCUCAGCCUUGAAGAACAAGGCCGUCAGCCGCAGUACGUCAUCGACUUCACCGGCCCCGCGCUGGACGCGCUGCCCGCCGGCGCCACGGUCAAGGCGGUGGUGAGCGCCAACGCCAACGGCCGCGUGCUCCAGACCCUCGCCUACCCCAAUCCCGCCACGCGCACCUGGCGCGUGACCUUGCGCGUCGAGCGCGUCGAUGCCACGCAGCCCGUGGAAUUGCGCGCCUUCCUCCAGCACAACAACGACACCGUGAGUGAAACAUGGACACAUCUGCUGUUACCCGAAUGA